AUGUCGGAGCGCACGGCGUUCAUCAUCGGGGUGGCGGGGGGCACGGCGUCGGGCAAGACGACGGUGUGCGAGGAGAUCGUGAACCGCCUGAACGAGCAGUGCGUCGUCAUGCUCAGCCAGGACUCGUUCUACCGCGGUUUGACGCCCGAGGAGGAGGCGAACGUCAAGGAGUACAACUUCGACCACCCGAGCGCCUUCGACGAGGACCUCAUCAUCGACACCAUUUGCAAGCUCCGCGCCGGCCAGGGCGUCGAGGUGCCGAUAUACGACUUCGAGAGGCACCAGCGGGCCGAGGAGACCACCCGCGUGAACCCGGCCGACGUCAUCAUUCUGGAGGGCAUCCUCGUGCUACACAUGGAGCGCAUCCGCGAGCUGUGCAACAUGAAGGUCUUCGUCGACACCGACGACGACCUCAGGCUGGCGCGGCGCAUCCAGCGCGACAUCGCGGACCGCGGGCGCGACGUGCGCGGCGUCAUUUCGCAGUACACGCGCUUCGUCAAGCCGGCGUUCGACACCUUCGUGUCGCCCUCCAAGCGCUACGCGGACGUCAUCAUCCCGUGGGGCAACAACACCAACGUGGUGGCCAUCGACCUCAUCUCGCAACACAUCCAGUCCAAGCUCUGCCAGCACGAACUCAAGCGCGUCCACCACAACCUCCAGGUCAUCCGCUCCAACUUCCAAAUCCGCGGCAUGCACACCAUCAUCCGGGAUCGCACCACCUCGCGCUCCGACUUCGUGUUCUACUCCGACCGCCUCCUCCGCCUCGUCGUCGAGGCCGGGCUCGGGUUCCUGCCGUUCCGCGAAAAGGUGGUGCAGACGCCGGUCGGGGACUGGUACGUGGGGUUGGAGUUUGCCCGGAAGCUGUGCGGGGUGGCGCUGAUCCGGUCAGGGGAGGCGAUGGAGACGGCGCUGCGGGACUGCUGCAAGGGCAUCAAGAUCGGGAAGAUCCUCGUCCACAGAUCAGCCGCGGACGACAUCGACCAGCCCGACAUGAUCUACGAGCGCCUCCCCGCGGACAUUGCCGACCGCCACGUGCUGCUGAUGGACCCCAUCCUCGGAACCGGGAACACCGCCACCCAGGCCAUCGAGCUGUUGUUGUCCAAGGGUGUGCCGGAGACCAACAUUCUGUUCCUCACGCUCAUCUCCGCGCCGCCGGGGAUCCGCAAGGUGUGCACGCUGUACCCGAACCUCAAGGUGAUCACUAGCGAGAUUGACGACGACGUGGCGGGCGGAUCCGUGCGCCCAGGCGUGGGGGAGUUCGGUGACCGAUACUAUAGCAGUUGA